ACAUCGACUCCAAGUCGAUUCUGAAACUCGUCUCUCUCUCUCUCUCUCUCUCUCUCUCUCUCUCUCUCUCCGUCUUUCUGACUCCCUCUUGUUUGAAAAACUAGGGUUUUGAACUCAAAAUCGAGAAGAGAUCGAGAGAUUAAAAUUUAAUCUAUUUAGGUUUUUGAUUUCAUUGGUAGUGUUAUUCGAUUUGGAUUUUGAGAAUUUAGGGUUUUCAUUAGAAGAAGAAGAGAUGGUGGAAAAGGGAGAUGAAGAAGAACAAGAGUAUGAAAGUGAUCCAGAAGAAGCACCGUUACCAUUAACGAUGAGAAGAAGAGAAGCAAGUGAUGAUGAAGAAGGAGAAGAAGAAGAUUCGAGAAUGGAUCGAAGAAGAGGAGGAGGAGGAGGAGGAGGAGGAGGAGGAGUUGUUGGUGUUUCAGAUGGUGAAUCAGAUGGUCAAGGAGGUGUUGAUUAUGAGUCUGAGGAAGAGGAAUCGGAAAUUGAGGAGGAGGAGGAGGAGGAGGAGGAAGAUGAAGAAGAAGAGUAUGUAGGUGAGAGAGAUAGAGUUAUCAGUGGUAAUGAUGGGAAUGAGGUUUCUGGUGGUGUUUUGGAAUCUGGUGGUGGUGGUGAUAAUGGUGAUGGGGAGGGUGAAGAAUCAGUGGAUAAAGUUGAAGGAGAAGGUGAGAAGAAAGAGAAUGAACCAUUUGCUGUUCCUACUGCUGGUGCUUUUUAUAUGCAUGAUGAUCGUUUUCGAGAAAGUAGCGGCGGUGGAGAAAGUAGCGGCGGUGGUGGUCGUCACAGGCGUACUCUUGGUGGGAGGAAAUUGUGGGAAUCCAAAGAUAACAGGAAAUGGGGGCAUGAUAAAUUUGAAGAACUGAGUUUGCAAGAACCAAAAAAUGACAAGGAAAGGAAAAGAGGUGGUUAUAGGGGUCGUGGAAAGAAACGAGGUACUGAUCAUGGGUAUGUUAGAACAAACAGGACCAGAAACUAUGAUGACAAUAAUGAUCAAAAUAGUGUCCCGAAGAGUGUGAAAGGAAGAGGUCCCGGAAAAUAUGAACCUUCUGUGAGGAAUAAUGGUGAUGCUCCGCCAAAUCAGAACAAACAUUCUGGAAGGACUUAUGAGACAACAAUGAGUAAUAGUAAUUCAGGGAGGACAUCCAACCACACACACCAAAAUGCUCAGUCUAAUCCUGCUGCUCCGCGUAAACAUGUUUUUGCGUCUAGCUUAAGCUCUGCUUCUCCUCCAUUUUAUCCUUCUGGUUCUUCCAAUCAAGAUGUGAUAGUAGCACAGAAAAGAGAUGUGCAAGCUGGACCUUCUGAGAAGUUCUCAGUGCCUCAUGCCAAUUCAUUGGCCAGAGGAAAAACUGUUGUGGAUCCUAUUGUGAAGGGCAGGCAGUAUAUCAAUGAGCCUGUUCGACCACUUGUUGGGAAAUUUUCCAAUAUGCAGUUACAGUCAUCUGGAUCUUCGAGAGUGAGUUCAAAUCAAACUCCGCAAUAUAGGCCUAAGGUAAAGAGUCCAGAGGUUGUGGCACAACAUAACUAUCAAUCAACCUCUUCUCCCAACCAUGGCAACAUAGGUUCUAUGCAGUAUGCUGUUGUUCAACAGAAGCCUGUAAACCCAGUUCAGCCUGUAAGAAUCUCCACUCAGCAGAUGGCUCAACAUCCCGGUUCUGGUUCUCAAGCAUCCUCUCCACCUAAAGGGUCGUCGACGAACUCAUCUGAACCUGGAGAAACAGAAUCUCCAACAGGAUCCAGUAAAUCCAAGACUGCGCUUGUUAGUAAAGGAAAAGGUAGUGCUCAAGGAAGUGAGAGGGGUACUUUUCUCUACAAUGGAGCGCAGGUUGUUGGAGCAGCUGGGAACAUGGGUGUUGUACAUAGUGAUCAAAAAUAUCCUGGCACUCCAGCGCUUUUUCCAGUUAUGCAAUUUGCGGGACAGCACAAUGGUGGCCUUGGAGUCCCUGCUGUUGGUAUGGCACUUCCUGGAUAUGUUGCCCAACCACAACUUGGAUUUGGGAAUUCUGAGAUGACUUGGGUACCAGUCCUGGCAAAUGCUGCUGGUGCUUUAGGGGCACCGUACUGUUCGCCCUAUUUACCUGUUGAUGGUACUUAUUAUGCUCAGCCAUCAGGACAAACAUCUUCAUCUGCCUCAAGAGAUGUGAGUACGAAUAAACAAAAUAUAGACUGGAAGCCUCCAGCAGAAAGACCUGAGCUCGCGAACGAUGAAUUUGGGCAGCGACAGAACAAGUCUCGCAGAUAUUCGGAGAUGAGCUUUGGCCAGUGAAAUACAUAGUGGUUUGAGUGUAUUUCUAAUAAGCAGCUAAAAGGCCUUUCUCAUGGCCCUUCGUGACUCCAGGUUUUGUUCUGAAGCACUUUGGGCAGCUUAAAUCCCAAAUUAUGUUAGCUAUAUAUAAGAAACGCCUGGUCAUGCUGCAGUUGACGUGAGAAGUUUGUUGCAGUUUGAUGGGUAGCAGUUCCUUGUUGAGGUGUACGGGUUUUCUUUGGCUUGUUGUUCUUUUCUGAAGCUUAUGAGAAAUGGAAGUAGGCUUCUUCAUAAACAAAGAAAAAAAAAAAUUUUGAAAACAGAAAAAAGGGGCAGUGAAUCAGUUAGUGAAGUUCUGAAGUGUUUCCUCCAUCGGUUUUAGAUGAAAAGAUGACGGUGUCUCUAUGUCCGUCAUUUGAUCAUUAUGUUUGUGAUAUUUGGGUUUCUUUUCGAUACAUCAGUAAUAUCUGUUUGGUUCUUUUUAAGGGAAUUUGCUAGAAUCCCUGGGACAACUAUUUAUUUAAUAUAUGUGAUUAUGUUUCUUAUGGGUUCUUA